AUGAGUUAUGCUAUUACUGAAUUAAUUAAUGCAAGGGACAGAUUGAAAUUUAAUUUAACUUUUAUAAACAUAGCAUUAGAUGAACCAUCAUGCUCUGGUGAUUUGCCCUCUUCCACAUUUCACGACGAUAGUAGUAUUAGUGGUGGAACUCGACGUUUACGCAGUAUAGCUAGUACUAGUAGGAGAAGUUUAUUUUUUGGCAAGGAUAAAGCUGAAAUGCUUCCACGUUUAGCUUUACUAAAAGAUGAAAUGCAAAAAUCAGUACCAAUGUUUGAGCUUGAACCUCAUUGGACAAAUAUUGUUCAUGAUAGCGAUGAAUUAAGCAAACAUGCUUAUGAACAGCAAGAAGCUAUUUGGGAAUUUGUCACAACAGAACAUCGAUAUUUGCAGCUUCUAAAACAAAUGAACGAACUUUGUCAAUGCUUUUUAAAAAUGCAAGAAAUUGGAUAUAUGCGUGAUAUUGAUCCACAUCGGGUCUUUCUUAAUUAUCCUGAACUCUAUCUUCAUAAUUCGAAAUUUUGGAAAAAAGCAGUACUACCAAUGCUGCAAACUUCAAGAAAUAAUAGCACUCCACUCGACCCAUCAAUCCUGAAAUCCGGUUUUGAACGAAUUGAUGAAUGGUGGCCUUGUUAUACAACUUUCAUAUAUGGACAUGCUGAUUGUCAUAGCUAUGUGCAGAAAUGUCAGAAAGAAAAUGAACUAUUUCGCGAAUUUGUCGCGUGGGCAGAAUCACAAGAUACGAUGAGACGGCAACGUUUAUUAGAUGCUUUGACAAAUCCGAUGCAACGUCUUACAAGAUAUAGUUUACUUCUUAAAGCUGUUCUCAAACAUACUGUUGAUGAUACUGAACGGGACACUAUUCAGGAUAUGAUAGUACGAAUUGAAAAGGCAACACGAAACGUUGAAGAAACAUUAAAUAAUAACGAUUUACAAAAUAAGCUUAAUGAAUUAUCAAGAGCGAUUGAAAGUUAUGAAGCUGUUGAUUGUGAAGAAUUUGAAAAGAUUUUUCCAAUUAAAUGCUAUAUACGUUUGGCUGAUCCAAUGCCAUAUUUUGUGGGACAACCACAAUUUCGUCGGGUUUAUUUGCGUGCUGAUUUAAAGAUGAAAGAUGGCAAACAAGGAGCAAAGGUAGAUGCACAUUGUAUACUAUUCACCGAUCUCUUCCUCAUAUGUAAAGCUUCAAAUAAACGUUAUGAUCGGCUAAGAAUACUUAAGCCACCAAUACAUAUUGCUAAGAUGUGCCUUCAACGAUUUCCCGAUUAUUCUGGCUUCGUAAUAGCACCGAUUAACGAUUUCGGUUUGCCAUCAGCACUAUACUAUUUAUCGACUCCAUCAAUUGAAGAAACCCGAAAAUGGCUCGAAAUGACUAAUAUGGCGCUAAGAGAUUUCUAUCGUUUGAAGCCUUUAAGUCCGCAGCAAUGUUUGUUAGGUAUUUCGAUGGGAUUAUGUAAUGGAUUUGGUUUGAAUGAUGAUACAGAUCAUAAUCGUUCCAGUAGUAGCAAUAGUAGUAAUCAUCAGGAUAUAAUCAAUCAAGAGAUUAUACAUCGGAAAAGUUCCAGUAUGGAUUCUCAAAUUAUCGCUGAACAUAAUCGUAUUGCUAGUAAUGUACAAAAUGUGAAUACAGUAUCAUCGGCAGAUCAAAUUGAUCGAUUAUUAAAAGAAAGACAAAAUAUUGCUAGUGGAAUUUGUAGUGGUGUUAAAAGCAAUUCAAUACCAUCACAUCAUAAAUUAGCUGUCGUGGUCAAUGAUGAUCGUUCAUUACCCUCACUAGCUACUACAUCAUUGAAUGGUCAAUCAAAAUCAUCCACAGAUUUACAUUUUGCUUCAAAAUCCAUCGAGCAUUUAGAAUCACCCAAUGUACAUCGUCGAUCACGAUCAAAUUCUUCCGGACCGACGAAUCCUACUAUUGAUAGGAUCUGUUCAGGUAAUUUAUCUAAACUGGGGUUUUCCAAAAGAGAUAUAUAUGUUAGUGAUAUCCCAUCCACAUCGUUGGAACAUCGAGAGAGAUGCAAUCUUCGUGCAUCCCAAGGUACCUUAGAUAGUAUCCCGGAUUUUUCGGUGCAACAAAUUCCUGGACAAUGGGAUGAAACAGUGCGAUGUUCCUCACCUUCAACUAUUAUAGCUUAUGCAAAUGAUGAAAGUGCUGGAAUGUCAUCUUCUCAGAUGUUAAAUACACGUCGUUUUGAACGGCGUUAUCAUACAUCAGAUGGUAUUGAUAUUACUAAGCCAAAGGUACCAACAAAUUUGCCACCUGGAAUUUUGAAACGGUUCUCCUGGAACGUUUCAACAGCUGUUGGUGGUUCAUCCAGAAAAAUAUCAAAUCGGAUGAAUGAACAGAAUAUUCGGCGUCAAUCACAGUCAACGGUAGCUUCAUCGGAAUCAUUCAGCUCAUCAACAUCUGGUUUCAGUACCGCUUCAUCAUAUAUGGAAGGAUCCACUGUCACAGAGGAAAUGACUCCAAUUACCGAUUUUGAUAUGCAUAUUUCAACAGUAGCAAUAGGAGAACAAUUGGAGGAUGUAGCGGAAGAUACGAGUACUCUGGAAAUUCAACUUAGUAAUGAGAAUAUUAAUGAAAUUGAACAGAAAGGUACGAUAACUGUUCCACCUCCACUUCCUGAUGCACCACCUCCUUCACUAAAUGAUAGAGAGAAAGGAGCCGGAUUUGGUGCCGCUACCGUUAUUGCUUCUCAACCUUCCACAACUGCAGCUUCAGUUUCGAUAACAUCCAAUAAAGGAGCUGACGUAACAAAUUGCGUUAAACAGCAAGAGUUACUGAAAUUCAUUAUGGAUAAUCACCUGGAAACCUCGUAUGUUUCUUCAUCAAUAAUUGAAUUUAUCUUAUCAUAA